AUGUAUUAUUGUGUGCAAAAUAGAGUUUUGUUCUCUCUCUUUUGCCCUCUGAAAUUUGCCCGGCGAGCCAAGCUCAUUCAAAACAAUGCAAAAGUGAAUGAAGAUGCUUCUGGUGACAUAAGUGCACUGCAGUGGCAAAUCCAACAGCUGAAGGGUCAACUAUCCUUUCUGACAAAGAAUAAAGUUUUUCCACCACUGGUAUCAAAUUUGGAGCCAAAUUCUGAUAGUUGUAGGUUGAGUGAAGCAUCAGAAGAACACGAUUCUAUGGGAGAAAGAACGACGGCAGAUGGCAAGCUGCAUACUCCAAACAAAGAGAUUAACCGCAUGCAAGCUGCUUUGGUUGGAGCCUUGAGGAGAGAAAAAAUGGCUGAGACUACAAUCCAAAAUUUAAACAUUGAAAUUGAUCGCAUGAAAUGCUUGGGGUUUCAAUGA